CCUAUGCCGUGCCAUCUAGCGGCGCCAUUUCGAAACAAUCCGCGGGCGCUGCUCGCGGCUGGCGGCCGCCAUUAUGUGGUAUGCCGCGGCCUGUUGCAGUACGCUGCAAGGACGACCCAUCGAGCCUCUCGGAAUGCCUCAAUAUUGCUGCGCGCCUCUGUGCAAACAGAAAGGCGUGACGGAUGACCUCGGAGACAAGGUGUCUUUUUUUUCUUUCCCCAGCGAUCCUGUUGUUCGAAAGAAGUGGGUGAUAGCUAUAAAACGGGACGAGGGAAAACUCUUCCAGAUCACGAAGUACACGAGGCUGUGCUCGAAGCACUUUCAGCAGAGCGAUUACCUCGCGAACUAUGCUGGUAGCCGCCGCUUCUUGCGCCAGAAUGCCGUGCCGAGCAUAUUUGCUUUCAACACUGCUGCAAGGCCUCCGAGGAGGGAACCCCGUCGAAGACUACCACUGCCACCGAAACAGGAGCUCUCCACUGCUGCUGCCGAAGGAUCGGCGAACGACGACGUCGCAGACUUGGACGCGACAUGCGACUCGAUCGCCGACGCAGAAAGCGUCGCAAACGCAGAAGACACCGGCAGCUCGAUCACCGACGCAGACAUCGUCACCAAUGAAAACGCGACAAGCUCCUCAAUCGCAGAUGAAAGCAGCGUCGCGAACGAAGAGGACACCGGCAACUCGAUCGCUGAUACAGACAGUGAUGACCGUCUACAGCAACAAGAUCUCGAGAAUCAGACUGCCACCAAAGCCGAACUGAUCAAGAAUCUGCAGUUUGAACUGACAAGGUGUCAAGACCAGCUGAAAGGGGCUGAAGACACCCUGAAGCAGAUGCGUUCAGAGCUUGAGCUAGCUCUUAUAAAAUGCAGGGAGCUAGAUGCUCGGGAAAUAGAGUUGAGUCAAACUAAACAUGCUCUAUACAAAGCUAUACGGAAGCUUGAGCUUGCACUGGAAGAAUGCCGCACGCUUAAGGCAAAACUAUGCACAGUUUAA